AUGGUGUUCCGACGGCAGGGAGGCAUUAGCAAGCAUCUCCUGAUGUGCGAGUGUGACAAGUCAAGUCGAGUCGACGGUUCUGUCACUGGCAUUGUCGUCAUGAAGGAGACGUCAAUGGGGGGAUCGGAUUCCAGGGCCCCGGUUCAGGAACAGGAACAGGAGGUCGGGGAUGGCCUUCUAGAAGGACCUUCUAGCGCGUACCGGGCCUUGUUGGGAGUCGGGACUUUGGCUAGCGCAGAGGACCCUAGCUGCUGGUGGAGCGGAAUGAGCACGCGCCGCUCUGAGUGUGAUUGA